UGCCUCAAAAUUUCAGAAAAUUCAAAUUUCCCUCUUAUGCAAUUAGCGCCUCAUGUAGUUUCUCCUUCGCACAGUUCCAGAUUUCAUGUAGUUUCUAGCUUUAUUCUCCGUUUCUUGGAUCUCAAACAUUUUUCUUGAUUCAUCUACCUUGGCGACCGAAUGUCGAUGCCUUUCUUGGAUCUCCUUAAUUCCGUGGAAAUUACUCAUGACCUUAAAUUUGGGUCUCCAUCAUAGGAAACCUAGGUCGCGAGUCCAUGUUUAGGCCAUCUUUAAUUUGUUCUCCCAAAUGCUUUAUUUUAUUUUUUUCUCGAUCUCAUGAAUAAGUUGUUAUGUUCGUUGUUGGAGGACUUGGUGGCCGAUGACGAGAAGUGACGGUGGAGUUGAUGACUAUAGCGCUUGCUUUCUCACCAAAUUGCAAGGAUCCAGCUUCAAGGUAGUGAGGAAGAAUUCACCUUUUUCUUUGUUCUUUGCUGGAGCUUAUGGUAUAGACGAAAUCAAAUGCAAAUGGAGCAGAAUAUCAUCCAACCUUUGCACGCUGCUGAACAUGCCAUAUCAACUGCAAAGCUUAUAAAGAUGUUUGAGAUACUACAUCACGGCAGCAAUUACAACAGCUAACUAAGUGGCAAGCUCCACCAGAGGGGUUUCUCAAAGUUAAUGUUGAUGGAGCUAUCUUUGCGGAUCAAAGGAAAGCUGGCAUUGGUGUCGUAUUACGGGAUACCCAUGGAGCAAUACUGAUGGUUGCAAGCAAAAUUGAGAGGGAGGUGGACGGGGCAGCAACUAUUGAAGCUAUUGCUAUUUUGAGAGGAAUACAACUUUGUCUUCCACUUGGAAGCACAAGUAAUACAUGUUAAUAGAAUGGGGAAUGGGGUAGCACAUUCUCUAGCUAGACAUGCAUGGAAUAUUGAGGAUAUUAAUGUUUGCAAAAUCUGUGGGUUCAUAAAAACCUUGUGUCGGUUAAUCAAAAUAUCGGCAUUACAAGAGUCAAAUCCUCUGUUCCCUUUUGAUCAUUGCAUUCUGUGCUUGUUAAUCAGGAUUCUUCAAAGGACUGGCAGACGUAUACAAAGGACUGGUGGACGUAUACAAUGCAUUCAAAAUUCCAAAAUCUAUGAUGGGCGCAUUUUGAGAAAUUCUUAUGUCAUGCCUUCUCACCUUCCAGCUGGUGGAGUUAUUGGAUCAAUCUUGGUAGUCGUUUGCUUGUUUUGGGUUGGUUUGGUAGAAGAACUACCCAUGAAAGAAAUGGUCGGAAAGCUAACGACAAACACAAUGUAAAGUAAAAUAAUUAUCCAUGAAGAAGAGCUUUCAUGUAAUGUGAUUUGUGUUACAUUUUUAUUAUUAUUAUAUGAAUAAUGAUCCAUUAUAUCA